GUCCACGCAACCCAUGCUGGAAGAUUGAAGUCAAACACUCAGCUACCCCGCACCAGAGUAUCACCGAGUCUGCGAGAGGCCUACUGCGAUCCUCACCAAUGAGACACACCACAACGCUUCAGCAUUCGACCAAUCCAACACAGAAGAGCCCAGGAAACAGGCUUUCACGAAGCCAAACAUAAACGGACUCGAAAGAAUCAGAAGUCAAGCACAACCCAACCGACCAGCUCCUGCUUGAAGACAUUGAAUCGAUGAAUGCGACCACAGAGCCUCCCUCCAAAGACACCUCUACCACCCAAACCUCUCCAAUGAUUCCUCAAUCCCACGGACCCCGAGAACCACAACCUUACUACGUCGUUCCGCAGCCUCCAACUCCACCACCUGACAAUGACGAUCCUUCACCUCAAGCGUCAUCAGACUGGCACCUCCAGCUGCUCAAAGAAGAGCUACGCAAGAGCGUCAUGCUCAGGCUCGAAAAGAUAAAUGGCCGCGUCGACGAUCCAUUUUCUCAACAUGUCGUCAAUGGCGACCGCAAGCACGCUGCCACAGACCCUGAUGGCACAAGUGAACAUGCCUCUACAGGUGGCAGCAAUCAUACCCCUACCUCUACUCAAGACCAGCCCCAAGAUCAACGCCAUAUAACUCAGGUCUCAGACAAAGACAGAGAGCCUCGGUACCGGGUGCAUGUCGUGACAUUACCAAAGCUCACUGUUGUAGGACUGGUGUUGGCUUCGUGGGUUAUGUCUGCAAUCAUCGGCGGUGUUGGGGCUCUUGGCUGGACGUUUUGGCACAGCCAGGUUCGCAGGGAGACGUGCGCGGAGGUAGCAGCGGGUAGAGGUAGCGAAGCUUUGAAGGUAAUGGGUAGAGGGUUGAUAGGAGUAGGCGCGGCUGUAGGGAAGGCGGUAUCGGAGCAUUUCAAGCGGAAUCUUUGGCUGUAUGCGGUGUUUUUGUUGUUUUGACCAAGGUUUUUGAGACGGCUGGUAUGGUGAUUGCUGAGACCCCUUGGUAUCAAGCUCAAGUUAGGCCAACUUGCUACUGCGAUGAAUGCUGGUCGCGUCGACAUGGCUCGGGCUAUAAAGAGGGAGACCGGAGUGUCUCCGACGGAGCUAAAUGCGCGUGUAGGUACCUCUGAUCCUGGGGACGAUUGGGAGUAAGACCCAACGAAUGGGAUGCUUCGAUGUAUCGGUACUUGGAUCUGUCUUGGUCAAUGUUCAUGAGUCUGUGAAUAGGGCCUUUGACGUGAAUGGUGAAUGCUAGGC